AUGGUCUUUUUUGCUGUCUGUCUGGGGAUUUGUCUGUGUGGACUUGUGGGGAACGGCACAGUCCUGUGGUUCCUGGGCUGCAAGAUGAAGCAGAUCCCUUUCACUGUCUACAUCCUGAACCUGGCUGCUGCUGACUUCUCUCUGCUCAUGUUCCUUGUUCUGAAAUUCAUUCUAUCCAUUCUUUCAGAAGUCUAUUGCUUUUUCUGGCUUGAAUUUUUUCGGGCCAAAAUUGUCAUGGCCGUUCCGUUCCAGUUCUGGUAUUUCGCCAGCAUGUAUCUCCUGACAGCCAUCAACCUGGAGAGGUGUCUCUCCGCUGUCUUCCCACUCUGCGUGGUUGUUUUCCUCGAUCCUUUUUUGUUUGACUCGCCUCACCUUGAUAUUUCUUGCUUCCUGAUAUCGCUGAACAGCAGCAUCAAUCCCGUCAUCUACGUCCUG